AUGAAGAGUGCCAACCAAACAGAAGUAAAGGAGUUUGUUUUCCAAGGUUUCUCCAACUUCCAAGAACAUCAGCUCACACUCUUUGUGGUGUUCCUUUCCCUGUACAUCUUAACCUUGGCUGGCAAUCUCAUCAUUGUGACUGUUAUCCGUAUUGACCAUCACUUGCACACCCCCAUGUACUUCUUUUUAAGUGUCCUCUCCACUUCAGAGACAUUCUACUCCUUGGUCAUUAUCCCACACAUGCUUUCAAGCCUCGUGGGUCUGAGCCAAUCCAUCUCCCUGGAGGGCUGUGGGACUCAGCUCUUUUUUUUCCUUGGCUUUGCCAUCACCAACUGUCUCCUGCUGGCAGUAAUGGGAUAUGAUCGCUACGUGGCCAUCUGCAACCCCCUUCGCUACUCUAUUGUCAUGAAUUGGAGGGUCUGUGUCAUUCUGGCAUCCUCAGUCUGUGCCACAGGGUUCUCACUCUCGUUGAUUCAGGCCGUGGCCAUCUUCAGACUGCCCUUUUGUGACUCAUUGAUCAAACAUUUCUUCUGUGAUGUUCGACCUAUGUUGGACUUGGCCUGUGUUACUCCAAUCAUCAAUGAUGUCUUAACAUUAAUAAUUAGCCUCCUGGCCAUCACAGCUCCUGCCACCUUCCUCUUUAUCUCUUACAUCCUCAUUAUCUCCACCAUUCUCCAGAUUGCUUCAGCUGAGGGCCGGAAAAAGACCUUUGCCACUUGUGCUUCCCAUCUUACUGUGGUCAUUAUCCACUAUGGUUGUGCCUCCAUUGCCUACUUCAAGCCCAAAUCCGAGAACACCAAAGAUCAGGAUCAGUUAAUCUCAGUGACAUACACCGUCAUAACACCUUUACUAAACCCUAUUGUGUACAGUCUGAGAAAUAAAGAAGUCCAAGACGCUCUGCAGAGAGUUAUGGGUAGAAAAUCACUUUCCUAA